AAAGCUCACGUUUUGCAAGUGAUCAAGGAAGACCAAGUGAUUCAGAGUCUCACUCACAUGUCUGGUUAACUUGAAACUACGAGCCUCACGUCAAUGUCUGCUGAAAAUAUUAUUUUAGUCUUUGCAGCUGUUUUGACAUGCUCUCUAGCCGAUCGACCGUGCGCACAAAAAAUCUUCGAACCCGAACAAAAUAUAGUGUGCGUUUGUAAUGCAACCUACUGUGAUGACAUUGAGCCUUUGUCUACUAUUCCAUCUGGAAAAGCUGUCAUAUAUGUAUCUUCCUUGGCUGGGAAACGCUUUGCCAAAGCGACAGUGCCGAUUUCUGACCAGAAAAUGAGCGCCGACAUAUCCAUAAGUGUAGAUGCUCGUCAAGAGUUCCAAUCAAUCAUGGGUUUUGGUGGAGCAUUCACGGAUUCCGUGGGGAUCAAUAUUGCAUCGCUCAAAGAGACUACUCAGAGAAAUCUUUUGAAAGCAUAUUUUGGAAGAAAUGGAAUUGGCUACAACAUGGCCAGAGUUCCAAUUGCAAGUACAGAUUUUUCAACGAGGGAAUAUAGUUAUGCGGAUACGCCAGGAGAUAUGGAAAUGAAGAGUUUUUCAUUGGCUGAUGAAGAUUUCAAAUACAAGAUUCCCUACAUCUUGUCGGCUAUGAAUCUUACUGGUGGAAACAUCAAACUGUUUGCAUCGCCCUGGAGUGCUCCCGGUUGGAUGAAAACUAAUGGGCGGAUGAAGGGAGGUGGUACGUUGAAAGGCCUGGUCAAUGGAGAAUAUUAUCAAUCAUAUGCUGUCUAUCUUACCAAGUUCUUUGAAGAAUAUGCAAAGAAUGGCGUUCCAUUUUGGGGCAUGACGUUGCAAAAUGAACCCUCAUCUGGCUUGUUACCAUUUUAUGGAUGGCAAACAAUGCUUUUCACUGCAGACAUGGAAAGAGAUUUUGUCAAAGGUGUACUUGGCCCAAUGUUCAAGAGCAAUGAUGCAACGAAGAACCUCAAGGUGAUGGCGUUAGAUGACAACCGACUAUGGCUUCCUAGAUGGGCUGACAAAAUAUUUGACGACCCUGAUGCCACAAAAUAUGUCGAUGGAAUUGGUGUGCAUUGGUAUUUCAAUGCUCUUGCGCCAGCUUCGCUACUUACUAGCACCUAUAAGAAGCAUCCUGAUAAAUUUUUGCUGGCAACAGAGGCUUGCACGGGAUCUAUGGGUGUUCAUGGUCCUAUAUUAGGUGACUGGUAUAGAGCUGAGGAGUAUGCAGAUGAUAUAAUCACGAAUCUGAAUAAUUUCGUAUCUGGUUGGGUUGAUUGGAACAUGUGUCUGAAUGAACGAGGUGGUCCCACGUGGGUUAACAAUUUUGUCGAUUCGCCUAUUAUCGUCAAUUCGACUGCAGAUGAAUUCUACAAACAGCCAAUGUUCUAUGCAAUGGGUCAUUUCAGCAAGUUUAUCGCAGCUGAUUCUGUUCGAAUAACUACGAAAGUCAUCGGAAAGCAAGAAAUUAUGGCAACUGCUGUCAAUUACCAAGGACGAAGGACGCUGUUGCUACUGAAUAAACACGACCGUUCGCAGGAUGUAUCGAUCGCCGACUCUGCUACUGGACACUAUAUUCUUUUAAAUAUUGAUCCCCAUUCUAUAGUAUCUGUGAUCUGGAACAAGCAAUAACUAAUAAACAUUUCAGUU